UGCCUCCUCUCUGACUCAGACUCUGCUGUGAAAAUCUAUGAUGUUUUUUUGAGUUUUACCGACCGGUCAAUACCAAAACGAGGUUGCUUUCCAACGUGUCGACCGGCUUUGACUUCGCCGGACCCAAACACCAAUCGGUCUCUCCAAUGGCGGAUCGAGUUGGGGACGACGACUGCGCAGCGCUCAUACCCAACUCGCCAUGACCGACCGCCUCCUCUGAUCUCUUUCUCUCUGUCUCUGUCGAGCGACAACAUCAGCGAACGAUGAAGAAGGAGACGAUGGCCUCGAGAUGCGCGAGCCCCAUCUCUCCAAACGCAUUCUUGAGCCUCUUCACGCUAUCAAUCUCUCUCCUUUCUGUUUCUUCUGUUGGCGACUGUCUCGUCCGAUCGGCUGACUCGCCCGAGAUACCUCCGCCACUCCCGGUUCUGCCCAUACCCACCUCGCGGCAACUCCGAUGGCAGUCCUCCCCCAUGGCCCUCUUCCUCCACUUCGGGCCCAACACCUUCACCGACUCCGAGUGGGGCUCCGGCCACGCGGACCCCUCCGUCUUCCGCCCCACCCGCCUCGACGCUGCCCAGUGGGUGGGCGUCGCGAAGCAGGCCGGAUUCUCGCGUGUGAUCCUCACCGCCAAGCACCACGACGGCUUCUGCCUGUGGCCGAGCGAGUACACGGACUACUCCGUGCGGUCGAGCCCGUGGCGGGGCGGCCGCGGCGACGUGGUUGCGGAACUCUCGAGUGCAGCGAGGGACGCCGGUGUUGGGUUGGGGCUAUAUCUCUCGCCGUGGGAUCGGCACGAGCCGUUGUAUGGACGGACGGUGGAGUACAAUGAAUUCUACAUGGGACAGAUGGCGGAGCUGCUGACCAGAUAUGGGGAGAUUAAGGAGGUGUGGUUAGACGGUGCCAAAGGGGAGGGAGAGAAGGACAUGGACUAUUACUUUGAGAGUUGGUUUAGUCUAAUCCGCCAGCUCCAGCCCAGGGCCGUCAUUUUUUCUGAUGCUGGUCCGGACACCAGGUGGAUCGGGGACGAGGCUGGCGUCGCCAGUUCGACUUGCUGGUCUCCAUUCAAUAGGAGUAGCGCCAAGAUCGGUGGAACUGAUCCUCAAUACUCAAGGAGUGGAGACCCUGUUGGGCAUGACUGGGUGCCAGCCGAGUGUGAUGUCUCCAUCAGACCCGGUUGGUUUUGGCAUGCCUCAGAAGUUCCUAAGUCUGCAAGAACCCUUCUCGACAUCUAUUACAAAUCCGUUGGAAGAAACUGUCUCUUGUUACUAAACGUACCUCCAAACUCCUCGGGUCUCAUAUCUGAAGAAGACGUACAAGUGCUUCAAGAAUUUAAUGAGCUUCGGGGGUCGAUAUUUGAUGAAAAUCUAGCCAGGAGUGCUCUUCUCAGUGCCAGUAGUACCCGAGGAGGGAUGAUGAACAAUUCCCGUUUCAGCCCGGAGAAUGUCCUCAAAGAGGGUAUCUACAGCUAUUGGGCACCUGAGGAGAAUCAGUCAGAUUGGACAUUACAUCUAAGGUUUCAGGAGAAGGUGAAGUUCAAUGUUCUGCAAGUGCAGGAGCCGAUCCAAUUGGGCCAGCGGGUUAUACAGUUCCAUCUUGACACCCUGAACAACGGAGAAGAAUGGAGACAAGUGAUCAACGGCACCACGGUGGGAUACCAGAGGCUCCUGCAAUUUCCUAUGCUUGAAACGCAGGAGUUGAGGUUUGUGAUCGACAAAUCUCGGGGUGACCCGCUUAUCUCUUAUUUGGGGGUCUAUGUAGAUAGCUUUUCGAUUUUGACAGAAACUUCUACUAAUACUUCUCAAACACAUGCAAAUGGAAGUUGGGUGAUUAUGAAAACUGCCCGCGACAAUCCUCUCUCAGCCACACUGUAGAGUAUGUAAAUUAAACGCAUAUCUCUUCUGCAACACUCGCUGGCAUUGCGUGGAAUUCUAUAUAUGAAGAUCAUCCGCACGGCAUCUACUGAAUUCACAAUCGAGUGUUGGCUUGGAAGUUCAAUCUUCUUUCGUUGAAAAACAAUGCGAACUAUAUAGAGAUGGUCAUAUUCUUUGAAAUACGACAUUCAGGAAAUGUAGUUACCUCUCGGAUUCAUCAUUCUUCA